UCCAAGUGUAAGAAAUCAUCCUCUCCUCCAUUCAGCAAAACCCUUUCUUACCGUCAGCCCGUAAAGGAUCCGACCCGGUUCUCAUGGGUCCGGUAGUGCUGAGUCAGCUUGCGACGGGUCUAAGCGUAUUGGCCGGAGCGGCUAUGGUUAAGUCGGUUAUGGAUCAGAAACCGAUGAGCGGUCCCGGUUUAGGGGGUUCGUCACAGCGCUGUCCGACCUGCAACGGCACGGGCCUUGUCGCGUGCCUUUGCUCUCGGUGGUCCGAUGGAGACGUUGGUUGCGGGACCUGUGCCGGGUCGGGUCGGAUGGGUUGCAGCAGCUGUGGCGGAUCCGGUACGGGUCGGCCCAUCCGAGUCCGGUUGUCUGUACAGCGAUCAAACCGGGUUUCCUGAAUGGUUUAGGCUGGUUCGAGGAAGGUCAUGUAGAGGCGGACAGAAAAUUAGUACCACUCUGUAAUGAUGGAAUGUAGGAACUAUUAUUCUCAGAAUUCAUAUAUAAAACUAAAUGAGAUUUGAAGAUUUUAAUU